GUGAGUGUUUCAUUGCAUGACUUUGAUCCUUGCACCCAACCGCUGCGCAAUCCCCGUCAUGCAUGUUGCUUUCGUAGAGGAGUGUGUCAUGGCCGAUCGGACUUCCGACAAACGGGAAGCGCGCAAGAUCUGAAAAACAGCAAAAGCGACCGAACAUUGGGUUCAAAAAGAACAAAAAAAUCAAUCUAUUCAGAUCUUCCGCAAGCGAACCCAUGGGUUGAACUCGGCAAACGGGCGGGCGAUCCGCGCCAUCCACUGCGCUGCGACGCGCGUGCAUGGUGCGGAUCAUCGCGCUGGCCUGGGACAGAUCCCGCAACGGAGAAGAACAAACAAGAAGAAGAAGAAGAACAAAAAAGAAAACAACCAAAAAUUUUGAUUGAUGACCGACUUUGUCGGCGAAGAAAAAAAAUAUGGUGA